AUGAUAUAUGGGGAUUGGAAGAAGGCUUAUGAGAAGUUGCUAGCAUUGUUUAAUGCAAUGAAAGCAGCUAAUCCAGGUAUGCAUUAUGAGUACAUCCCAAAACCGGAUGAAUGGAGGAAUGGGAGACAGAUUUUCUUCCGUGCUUUCUGGUGUUUUCCGCAGUCCGUGGAGGCCUUCAGGCAUUGUCGGCCGGUGUUUUCCAUUGAUGGUACAUUUCUCCUCGGCAAGUAUAUGGGCACACUAUUGAUAGUCAUUGCAUGUGAUGCUAACAAUACGUUGGUUCCUCUGGCGUUUGCUUUGGUGGAGAGGGAGAACAAAGACAGCUGGGGAUGGUUCUUGCGACUUGUUCGGAGACAUGUUGUAGGCCCUAGCAGAGAGGUUUGUGUCAUUUCAGAUAGGCACCAUGGUAUACUUAGUGCUGUAGAGGAGCAGAUUCCAGGCUACCCACCGUUGCACCACCAUUGGUGCACUCGUCACCUUGCCGAGAAUUUGUUUAAGAAAGAUGGUGACAAGGACAACUUUGCACUAUUUGAGUUAGUAGCUCCACAGUUGGAGGUGCAAUUAUUUGGGGAGAAAUUUGAGCAAUUAAAGACGGCCACAAAUGAACAAGGCAGGAGUUGGGUUAGAAGACUGCUGAGGCACCGUGAGAAAUGGACAAGAGCUUACGAUGAAGUUGGCUGGAGGUAUUCAUUUCAGAUUAGCAACAUGGCCGAGUCUUUUAACAGUGUGCUCAAGGGUAUACGUGGCAUGCCAGUAAAUGCUAUUGUAGAGUUCACAUUCACAAAGAUGGCGCUACCCCAACUGCUGGAGCACUACUAUGAGGAGAACCAUCGAGGACGACGCAUUGCAGCGGGGGAGGUAAUGCCCCUCCUUCGUCCUCGAACCCAUGAUAGGUUCUUUGACAUGCGGUACGACGACAGGUACACCCCUCUGUUGCAGAGGGCUGGCCUGGACGUUGUAUCGUACCAGGUUCACCGCGGGUUGCCUGAAAUCAACCCCGCGGCGAUCACAGCUUUGGUGGAGGCCGGAAACUCAUAG